AUGUACGCGGCCUCAAGUAGGAGACUCGGAUCUCAUACAGGUUAUACUACUAUAAACGUUACACUAGGCGGGAGUCAUCUCCACCUGACAGUCAGUCAUGAAAGGGUCGAGUCACCACCACCACCACCACCACCACCACCACCACCACCACCACCACCACCACCACCACCACCACCACCACCACCACCACCACCACCACCAUCGCGUAUGGCAGUAGCGGUAACACAUUAAAAUCAGUUGAACUACAUAAUGUACCUUUGUGGCCGCAAACCGCAUUCUCUUCGCGUAACGUGUUAGGACCGACCGCUGCUGCGUGAACUGCGCCUGGAAGCCUUUUGGUUGCUUAUCCGUAAUUUUUUGUUGUUUCUUCGAUAGAAUUUUGAAACGCCACUGUGAAAACGAUGAAAGUUGCGAACCCUUUUUAAGCCUCUGAUGUAAAGGGUAAGACAAUAAGCAGUGCGCCGGACGUGCAGUUGUAUCACGGUGCAUAAAGAUCAGUUAGUUAAAAGCCUUUAUCUCAGUAGGUCUGAAAAACCGUAAUUAAACAUUCGAUUACUUUCGCUACUCUAUGGUGUACAAUGUUGUUAUCUGGAAUCACCGGAUAUUUCGACUGUCUGUGAUGAUAUAGGUGCUCUAGACUCUGGAAACAUUAGUGUGAUCUAGUCCUUUUGAAAAGCUUUUGAGAGCGGAUUUCUGCAUUAAGAUAAUGAUGCUUUUUUUUCUAAUUUUCAGUCUGCAAAUAUUUGUUAAAGUAUGCAGGUCACGAGCCAAAGCCUGCAAGAACAUAAUUCCUGAACAUGGAGGUGGUGCGUAUUAAAAACAAUGCAAUAACUUUUGCGUUCAAGUGAAACAUUAGCUGAUGAAAGAAUCUUUCAGCCUUAGGCAAUUAAAAAUUCCGCGAAAGUCUUUGAAUGAGUUGUUACUAUGCAGGCUGUGCCCGCAAGUGCCUGGGAACCAGGGUAGAAAGCUACAUCGAUGAAAUAAUUUGCUCAUCGGAGUGAACUAAACUGAAGUGCUUUAAAGAUACCCUAUUACGAAUUAAGUUGGCGGGACGGAUUCAAAUAUACUGCACACGCUUAAUUCCAUGCCCAGUUAGUGAAGAGCAGAUGGUACUACAGUGCUAACUCAAAUAUGCUUGCCUACGCGACUACUAUUGAAAUUAAGAAAAAGAAAGUCAAAAAAUGUCGUAUGGGAAGAAAAAGCAGCAUAGCGAAAUAAGUUUGUCCAAAUUGGCACUGUCCAAACGAAAUGUAUAGUUGGGCGAUAAUGGUGUUUUAAAAAAUAUUGGAGCUGCUCGCUCAUUAACUGUCUAUUUCUGAAAGUAAGCGCGCACAGAACGAAGUUGUAACAUUGUUAAGGCAGUUGCGACUGACCAUUCUCCUUGUCAAACGCAGAUCACUCCUUUGCGGUCAGAAAUGAUUGCAUAAUGUAUGAUUGUGUCUACAUGCGACCGUUACGCAUUGACGUGUGAUGGGUGUGUCAUCGCAGGUAACUACCAACCCUUCUUCACCACGACAACAGUUAUGCUUGCCGAUUUCUUAUGCUCCUUCAUGGCGGUUGAAGCAUCGGUGCAGCUUGGAUUCAGACCAAACUGGCCCAUGACACCAAAGAGGUAUUUGCAAGGUUGGGGAAGAAGACGACUUCCUGAUUUCUCGACUGUACGUCCCAGACCUCAAGGGUGGGCAAUCAGUACGUGAAGCUUCUCAACAAAGCCUUUUCUCACCACCGGAAUCGGGUAGACCGUUUCGCUUCAGUACGCGUGAGGAUUCAGGCUUUGCUGCGUACGCGCUGGUUGUUUGUUGUACAGUUGGAUCUACAAAUUCCGCUUGGCCAUCCCGACACUGCAGCAGUCUGCAUAUGUUUAGCUGCAUCUCCAGAGUGCCGCGGAUUUACGCUGAUAAGGCGGUAUCUUGUCAGAAUGCACAGAAAGUUCAUGGAGGUUACGUUGCAAAGUGAAGUCUGCGAGCAAUUACGAACACUGACUUGAGCAGGCAGGCAAUUAUUAUCUAGACAGGAGAAAUAGCCAGUUGCACAGUCACUCUGGACAGUAAAAGAGGGGAGGGUGCAUGACAGAGAGAGAGAGAGAGAGAGAGAGAGAGAGAGAGAGAGAAUGGAUAGUCUCCUUUGAUUUAUAAUUCUGACGUAAUUACUUCUGCUCUCACUUUAUGCCCAUGAAACUGUAGUCCAUCUCCAAAUUGGCCUCCACGAGGUGAAACAACUCCACUUGAGACCAGUGGAAGAUACCGGUGGUUAAGAAUAAUAAGAAGCGAUCACUGAAAAAAAGGCUUUAUUCGUCCGACAUUUCGGAUUGCCACUUGAACCCACCAUCAGAGACAGUGGCGGAAACUGUCACUGCCUCUGUCUCUGAUGACGUGUUCCAGUGAGAACCCAGAACGUCGGGCGAAUAAAGCUCUUGUUCCAAUGAUCGUUUCUUCUUCUUCUUCUUCUUCUUCUUCUUCUUCUUUCUUCUUCCCCAAGAUACUCAGAACGAAAGUAUACUGAGGUUUUUUUAACAAAGGACGUAGCCGCCAAAACUGCUAGACUUGGGAAUGCUUUGCGUGUAUUUUUCUUUCCUCUUUCGAACUAGGGUCGUUAAUUAUUUAGUACUGACUUCUAAACAAUGCACCGCACGCUAUUUCUGCUUUACUCGGACCCUCAUUGAAUCUUGAUCGAUGUUCCAUUUGGUUUUGACGCGCACUGUACGUGCAGGCGCUAUAAAAGCAUUUAGCUUGGACGUCUUAUUUCAGUUUAGUUUCGCCAAUUUCUAUAAGGCAAAAGAAACUGUGAUUUUUAUUUCCAUCUUGAAGAUCCUCACAUAUUUUUGUCUAACAGAACAGGCCAAGCAACGACUGCUCUACAGUACACUGAGUCGGCUCGCAAAGGCCUGCUAUUCUUCCGCUCUUCAACUCGUGUAUUUUCGAACACAUUUUUGUUCAAACUGUGCUUCCUUUUACAUGACUCCCUUCCUGUUUGGGUAGACGAACAGUAAAUAGUAAUGGCGACAUUGAAAUGUAUGCACUGGUAAGAAGCCUAUAAAUAUCUCCUGCACAAUUCAGACCACCUUUGCUCCAUCAGAUACGUGCGAUUCUAAUCAAUAACUUACCCCUCCCUGUUCUCCACUCCGUAGUCUACUUCAGAGUUCUCCAACCACUUGUGUGGGUUUACAUUGGUACAUUCACAUAUUACGCCUAGUUCUGAUUAAUUACUCGAGAAAAAAACCCACCAAAAUGUUUAUGUAGGUGAGGGUGGAAUUAAAUAUUAACCCGUUCACAGAGUAGGGUGAACGAGAAAAACUGAUGGAAACGAAGCAUGGAAAAAGUUUAUUUGCCCACAUCGUUCUUCUUCUUCUUCUUCUUCUUCUUCUUCUUCUUCUUCUUGUCAAAUAGUUCCUGGAAUUCGCAUCUUCUCAUUUAUCGGCAAUACUGGUGGUUAUCAAUAGUAAUAAAAAUGCGAUUCCCAGGUGGCAUAUCAAAGGAAAAGGAGACGUUCACCAGGAGAGGUGCAUUGGAGGUCUGAGGUUUCGAGUAGUUGUUUCGUCUAGCCAUCUGCAGAGACUGGGAAGUCAUGCACACAGCUCUCCUUAUAUGGCGCACUUUGUUUGAUGAGUGGCGCCUGUGUGGCUGCAUCCGACCCGCAUGUUACCGUGACCUGAAUCGCCCCCACUUUCAUCGGCCGAGGAGAUAGUUGGCGGGCCUGAUUGUCCCGCGCCGUCUCUGUCGCGGUUAUCCGCGAGCAUUCUUUCAGCUGAGCCGAAGGCAACCAAGGAGGCAGAAUGAAGGACAUAGUCCGCCAAAAUCGUGGCGGAGCAUUCCAUACAUGAAAGGGGUCUCCGAAGCCGUGGCUAGAUCCCUCGCGCCGCUCGGAAUAGACGUUGCCCACAGGCUGACUCAACAAUCCGCCGGCAAGUGAUGCGGCCAUAAAAACCCGAUCUCCAAGCAAGAGAUGUCGGCUAUUUUCUACCGGCUUCAAUGCAGCUGCGAGAAGUUCAUCUACGUUGGGGAAACCGGCCGACGGCUGCAAAUGCGAAUGCACGUGCAUAAGUUGUCCAUUCGAGGGUUGGACCUAAAGUCGGAGGUAGCAACCCAUGCCGCGCAAACGGGACACAUCUUCAACUUUGAGAUUGUUGAGAUUGUGAGCCAUGACAACGAUUAUACGGCAAGGUGGGUGCAAGAAACCCGGAUGUCCGCCUACUGCUGCGCCAACCGCCACAUUAAUUUGCCUCUCCCCUAUCUGACUUGACGAACCUUCUUAACGGGGGACAGCCUGAUGUGGUUAACCUACUUUCUCGGCUUCCUGUACUUUAGGCAUGUCUUUUAACUGUUUAGGAUAAAUUUGCCAUACUGCCGUCCGUGCAUUCGCAGGUUUUCGUUAUGUCUCAUAAAUACAAAUGCCUUUUUUUUUCACUCACCGCAAGCUGCUACUCGGUUUACGGCGCUGGAUUUAUUGAAAUAGGCAGGGGAAGUUAAUUGCAGCAGUAGGUCUUCCAGGUUACGAUCAUUUUAAUAAAUUAAUCAUAAGGUAGCUGUAGAAAAACGUGUUAUUUUGUGUAAUUGUAACACGCAGGACUUCUUUUGGUAGAGAAUGCAAGAAAUAGGAAGGUCCCCACGGCUAUAAAGAUUAUCUCGUCAGGCUGAGUUUAACAGCCAACUCCUUGAUUUCGCGCAGGGUACUCCAAAAAUGAAGUGCCCACGGCGAGUUAGUAAUCCUAGAAGUAAUGUAUAUUUCCUUCUCAAACGGACGGUUGUAGGCUAUGGUUGGUUACUCGAAUACAUCCGGCCACAAUGAUUUCCCAUGAGCGUUACCAUUUAGAAUUGAGCACUAAAUGAAAACCUCCGGGUAAAAGUGCACUGUAUCAGUGGUAUCUCGGAAGUUUAUGCUAUUAACCUCUGGGACUGUCCGGUUUGCUUCCAUUGGUGGAAUAUAUCUAUUUUGACUUACUAAAUACCACGCGUAAAGGCCCAUCGUUUGUUUAGUUCUGUUAGUCUCGUUGCUGACUUUGGGUGUCCAACUGUAUAGUUAAGGAACUUUUGAUACCGAAGGACGCCGGAUGGAUAUGACUUUACGGCUACCUAUCCUGAGUCUACACGAGUUUCUCGUUUCCUAGUAGACAGAAUUGUCAAGUGAGUUUGGGAGAAAAUAUACAAUCGAGAUUUGCGGAUUAGUGACCCGAAACAAAUGCAGAAUUUGGAGAGGAUACAACCAAGUAAGUUACAAGCUCAAGCCUUAAUGCCUUUGGUUAAAUGUCGUUCAUAUCUUUUGAAAUGGAAGUUAAAUGUCCAGUUCCGUGACAUCUAACAAGAUUGACUUGACCAGAUUUUGUUCGACCGAUGUUGAGCCCACUUGAUUUCCUUCGCAGUUUUUGAAGUUACAGGGAAUAGUUCAUGUUGUAUGACGAACGCUCUUGCUAGAUGGCUCUCGAAUGUCGUGUUGGAGGGAAGAGGAGGGAGUACGUUGUUCGUCUUAAAACCCGGAAGGAUUGCGCCCACUCGAAACGCUAUUCUGUCAUACACAAUGGAUUCCGCUCAACAUGAACAAACUAGAUCAAACACGUUUUGACCAAACUAAGCGGUUGCCGCAACUAUAAAAGGUGCAUAAAAAGCUGAGAUGCCUAUUGGCCAUUCCUGUCUUACUGGUAAACAAGGUAUAAACAAUGACUACUCGCCGAGCAGUUCAAAAUGAUCCUACUUAAGGCACUAAAAUAUUACAUCAUGAAGUAAUGUAAAUUAGUAAUCUGUUAAAGCACUCAUGCUGGGAUGUAGGGAUGUCCAGUAUUAUGUUUACGUGAAGGUCGUAGUAGGUCUUUUCGCUUCCUUGCAGGUCUUGAAAACGCAUAGCGUCCAUUAACCGGCAGCCAACUCUCAAGUUUUGCAUCCUGGAGCUAGGCUCCGCUUAACAGCUACAUACUGGUAACCGCCUCGACCGCCGAGCUAAACCAGGUGAGGAUAUACGGCGUUGUGUCCUCACACCUAGUAACCCCGUCUUCCUUCCCAUCCACCCUCACUCUCUCUCGCCCACUUCAAAAAGUCCUAAGGAUAGGACGGCAUGCUAUUCCGUAGAGAGCCCAGGACAACCCGGGUUGCUGUCCACUAAACCGAGAUGCGGAGUUCGACAGCCGUCUGGGACGACUUAGUAGCCCCAUUUAGGGACAGCACUGUUUACACCCUCUCAGGGAAAGGAGCUGCGAAAGGUGCUCUAAACAAAUCCUGGGUUCACCACACCUGCGCGCAGGCCGCGGCUCGCAGACACAAAACACAAGGCCGAAGCAACGACCUGUCUCUGUCCCCUCCUCCGUCGCACCCCACAGACUGCUAGGAUGAGUCCACUCACUCCGGCAGCCUGGAAUGUUUCUUCUCCAUUAGACAGUCCGAGGAGUAACCGACCGGAAUGGAGGACAGCACUAGUCGCUCGGGAACUGGUACCCUACACGGCAGACGUUGCUGCACUCAACGAGACCCGUUUCUCCUAACAAGAAGAACCGGAGGAGGUGGAUGCCGGAUAAACCUUCUUCUGGAGCACCUGCCCCUGGGCAGAACGAUGAGACACAGGUGUCGCCUUUGCCAUGCGGAACGACAUCGUGGGACGACUGCCCAUUCUGCCGCAGGACAUCGACAACCGAUUGAUGAGCCUUCGGCCAUGUCUCCGGGGGUCCCAUAUCGCCACCGUCAGCAGCGCCUAGGCCCCACCAAUGAACGGUUCUGACAAGGCGAAGACCAAGUUCGACAAUGACCUGCACGCCCUCCUGGCGUCUUUGCAGAAAACGAACAAGCUCGCUGUCCUUUGUGACUUCAAUGUCCGGUUCGGGACAGACUGUGCUGCCUGAAGGGGAGUGCUGGAUCCUUGUGGGAUCAACGGCUGCAACGACAAUGAUCUCCUCCUCCUGGAACCUGCGCAGAACACCGCCUUCUAAUAGCCAGUCCCCUCUUCCGACUCCCGAUGCGGAAGAAGGCCAUCUGGAUGUAUUCUCGGUCGCGACACUAGCACCUGUUGGACUAUGUCCUCGUCUGAAGGCGAGACCAGCAGGAUGUGCUGGUGAUAAACGCGAUUCCGGGUGCCGACGGAUUGGCCGACCAUCGCUUCGUCAUCUCCAAGAUGAUACUACACCUACAGCUACCCAGGAGAUCCCAAGGUAAACGAUCCCAAGUAAGUUGAAUACUGUUCUGUUGAAUUUGCCUGCUUACCCCUUACAUUUCAGCAAUCAGUUAGUGUGGCACCUGAAAGUUUAUAGAUAAACAGUGGUCUCCAAGACACCCUUUUUGAAUUUUGCGCGCUGAAAAUAAAGAAAUGCCAUUUUGCUUGCGAUAGACUGAAAUUCCGUCGUGAAUUACAUGCUUUCAUUAACUGAAUUCAGAGAGGCUAUAAUCUCGUCUACCUACUCUUUUGAUGAUUGCAAAUGUGUCAUCGAUGUAACCACAAAGAACUUUGGGCCUAUUUCGGAGGUCUCAGAUGGAUGUAUGUUUAGGAUAUUCCAUAACUAUGUACGUCAGCAGAAUGAUAAGGGAAUAGACCAUUAAAAAUCCGCUUAACUGCUGGUAGACAUAAUCCUUGUAAGUUACCAUGGUGGGCUUGAAAACUAUUUCACGCGCUUGUAUAAUCAAGUUAGACGAUGGAAAUUGAUGAUUGAGAUUGAGAGGUUUGGUUUAUUUGGAACAUUUCCAGUACAUGAGCUGAUAAUAAAGCUCUUCAUUGACCAUCCUUCAUGCGCCUCCCGUACUACUGUUUAGUUAUGUGCUUAACGACAAGCCACUGACGGACCUUCUUUUGCAGGAAAAUGAUAUUAAAUAUCGUCACAUACUGGAAUUUUUGCUUGCCAAUUAUGAGCUCGGUGACUUUUGAAUGACAUAAAAAUCACUUCAUGUAAGAUUCGUGGUUUCCGAGAUGCAUAAUGACCUUAGUUUCGUAGUCAGCCUUGUUUAACACAACGAAAGAUCCGCCUUUAUUAUCUGACAGAGUUUUUUCAACAAUUUAGACCAUCAAAUCCAUCAACGAAUUUCGUUCCUUCCUUAUAACUUUCUGGAUUUUCCUCCGCAGAUAUCUAUGCGAUUGUCAUCGGACACCUCAACGUCGAAUGCAUCCCUUUUUGAGUUUCCUUUAGAUCCUAUUACUACCCAGUCUCUAGAACCAAAAAAGUAAAAUUGUGUCACCACCGCUUGAGGUGAGGCGGUUUUUUCCACAGCAGCUACAGUCAUGGUUUACUGCCUGUGAAAAUGCAAAGUACAUUCGAUAGUGUGUUUGACGCAAAAUGCAAAGUGAGUCCCUUCCUUUAUCGGCGCAUCGGUGACGACGCCUUGUGUGCAGCUGAGCUAGCUGCGCUUCCACUCGUUUGCGGGGACUCAGUUUCGAGCGCGAACCUUCGCAUCAACCUGUAGAAAAAGCAUUGUUAGAGCGGUAGGUGAGGGGGAGGGUGUUGGGUGGGGCGGAGGGUGGCAGUGUCUGCAUAAUUUUGGCACACAAGUGCGACGGUGAUCGAUAGAGGCAACGUCUAGGCAGUGUACGAGCAAACACAGGCCCAGGCGCGCCGUAAUCAUGCUGAACGUUAGCUCAACAAACCGUUAUGAUGGAUUUGACGGGUUACGUUAACUGUCGCGAGCCGUUAGCGCACUUCCAACGGGGUGGAUGAGGAACGUGCCUUCGCUCAAAAAUCGUUUGUUACUAUUGCAGAUGACGCCAACUUAGUAUUCUACUAACGCCGUCCCCAACUGGUCAUUUUGUAUAAAUGCUUCUCAUUUAAAAGAUCCAGAAUCCUAGGCAUAUACGUUGCAUGUUUACGAAAAGUAGUGGAACAUAACUCCAAGGAACUCCAACGGGACUACCAUUCGGAAGUUACCUUGUCGAGAUCGUAAGAUUCUUGCAAUUUGUGUCUUUCUGAAGGUGACACUGAAAAUUCAACAAUGGGCAGCAAUUAGUGCAUGUCCGAAAUUGUCUGUCACAUAAAUUGUUUGAUUCUCUGGCGAACCGGAACUAUGUCUUUCAGUAUUUUAAAAUGGACGGUAAAGAGGCAGACGUGACAUUAAUUUGCACCAGAACGCUCCGCCUACGUCUCCGGAUUUGUGAGGUCAAAAGUCGAGAGAUGUGAACGUUGCCGGUAAAAAGAGAAUUUGACAGAUAAAAUGCAAUGUAUAACUUAAAAAAACUAUUAUUACUACUGCCGAUGGGUAAUAAACAAGGAACUAGAUUUGAUGGCACUGGACAGUAGAAAUGCGAAUAAGGCUUAUUCUGAAGCACUUUGCACUGUACUCCUAUUCGAUGCGACCUGGGAUCUGCACACGACAGUUCGACCGUCGUUGUCGACGAUGUCCACCGUGUGCUCCACAGCAAGAUGAAGCAGACAAGGUGACUUGUGCUGAUUUAGUCUAUAAUGAAUGCAGAUUUGCGCUGCAUCUACCACACUCUCUCCUCUCUCAACUGGGUCUUGUGUCAAGACCUAGUCAAGAAGACCGAAGGUGUGGGAGGACGCAGGUGGAUGGCACGGUCAAGUCUGCAGCUUGGCGCUUCAUUCCAUACCCUCUGAUCCACACAGGAAAUGACCAGGAUUCUAACCAACAAUGACAGAAGGGGACGGCGCAACCGAAACCGUAUCUAGGCGUGCCGUCACACCUGGCUCGAGUCCCACGGAAUGGGAGUGUCAUAAAAGCUACAUUAAGAAGGGCCAAUUGCAGCCCCGCUCUUAGACCACCAAUCGGCCGCUCCAAAUAAACACAUAACACUGGGCCGACUACGAGGUCCAAGUUAUUCCGUCAGUUGGCAAGCCUCCAGGCCGAAGCUUUUAGCGCACCGUGAUACCUUCAAGCUCGUCAUCUUGCGUUUGUUGCUGACGUGGAGACUAAGGCGAUUCUAAACUGUGUUUCGCAUUCGGCCAAAGGUUUGACUAGCCUUGGAAAUCGGCGGGCCACUUCAUCGUCGAUUUUGCAGUUGGCAGAGAGGGUGCUGCCCAGAUACGUGAAGUUAUCUACGGCAUGCAGUUAGGCACCAUUCACGUUGAUUUGGGGUGCGACGUAGGCAGCGUCGGGUGGCGAUUAAUGUAUAACCACCGUCUUCUCCACGUUGACGAUGGGGCCGAAAUUGUCACAGGCGGCGGCAAAGAGUUCCAUGCUCCUUUGCAUGUCCCUUUCGGAAGUGGCGUUGUGAGAGCAGCCGUCGGCGAAGAGAAGUUCAGGAACGGUAGUUGUGGGUACACGCAACUGGAAAUGCAUCCGGGGGUGAUUGAGGAUUUGGUCGCCUGCCCUGUAGGCGAUGUGGAUCCUAGGGUGUUCGUCACAAUAGGCGUCCAUCAGCAUGUCAGAGAACAUGAGACUGAAGAGGGCAGGCGUGAGAACGCAGCCCUGCUUUACUCCGUUGGUCACUUCGAGUGCCUCUGAAACACAACUCCUUUGUCUGUGACUCGCGCUAUCAUGCCAUCGUGGAGCUGACGCACUGAGUGAAUCGUUUGGAACACCCGAAUUUCGGCAUGAUUUCCACAGUCCUUCGCGAUUCACCGUGUCAAAGGCUUCCGUCUGAUCCACGAAGGUAGGGUAGAGGUGGGUCCGCAUCUACUGACACUUCUCCUGCAGUUCAGAGGCGGCAAAGAUCAUGUCGGUGGUGCCGCGAUGACGGCGGGAGCCGCACUUGCUUUCCGACAGGAGAACUUGUUCUGCAUGGUGGUCCAGGCGGUUGUAGAAAAUGCGAGAGAAGAUCUUCCCGACGACGUUCAGCAGGGAAAUGCCUCGGUGGUUGUCGCAGAACUGGCGAUUACCUUUCUGCUCAUGGGACGCACGAUUUUGGCGUUCUUGAAAGCCUUUUCCUUGACGCUACAUCUCCUGGAAGAGUGCCGUCAGAUGAUCCAUGGGCUGGGGCCCACCUUGCUUGUAGAUCUCAGCAGUUAUCGCCUCCGAUCCGGGCGACUUCCCGCUGGAAAGUUGUUGCGCCGCCUUGCUGGUUUCGUGAAGAGGGAGAGGGAGGUCGGGGUUGGUGUUGGUCUUCACUUGAGGCAGAAGGGCGAUGGUGGUGUCGGAGAUGGUGGAGGGACUGUUGAGGGCGCCUCUAAAUUUCUCAGCCUAUCGCUGUACGAGUUACGUCUUCUCACUGAGUAGGGUGGUCCGGCCGGCGCUGAGAAGAGGAGCGGUGCCUUAGGCUGUGGAACCGUAGACGACUCUGAUGGCAGCAAAGAAGUUCUCCCAUUCGUUCUGAUUCUCGUAACCCUGGAUCUCCUCGACAUUGUGAACCUUCCAAGCCUGCUGAAUCUCCCGCAGCCGCUGUCGCAUAAAGCGACGACUACGGUAGAAGGCUGCCUCGUUGUCGUCAGUGAGCGGUUGAAGUAGGCUUUAUGCAAUCGGCUCUUCUCGGCGAGCAGGUUGCUGAUGGUGGCGUCAUUGCUGUCGAACCAGUUCUGGUGUUGGCAACAUGCGUGACCGAGAACAGCCAGGGUUGUUGACUGGUCUGUGUCCCGCAGUUGACACCAUCGGUCCUCCACGGAAGAUUUCUCGUCAGCGGCGGCGGCGACUGGAAAGUUGGCUAGCUCUUGAGCUAGUUCAUUGCUGAGAUAAAGAUGGGGAGCAGGCAAAGACAGCAAAACAAUAUCUAGCUUACCUGGGGUCGUUUACCUUGAGGCCUCCUGGGUAGCUGUAGGCGGAUUAUAAUUUUGGAGAUGACCAGGCGGUGGUCUUUCAAUCCGUCGAAACCCGGAAUCACCUUUGUUACCAGCACAUCCUGCUGGCCUCACCUUCGGACGAGAACAGAAUCCAGCAGGUGCUAGUGUCGCGACUAAGAAUACAUUCAGAUGGCCUUAUCUCGCAUCGGGAAUUGCGUCGAAUGUCGGCGCUUCCCAGCUGAAUAGCCGGCACACGGCUCUGAUGGCUUCUUGGGAGGAAGGUGGGAAACACAAGUCGAUAUUAGUUUACAGCUAGGGAGUCAGUCUGUGGCGGCGUCGGGGAUCGUAGAUGUGCGGUUGAGGACGCUUCUAAAAUGUUCCGCCCAGCCCUUGGAGUUCUCCAUGAGAAAUUUCGUUUCAUCGGAACUGAGGAGCGACACGGGUCCUUUGAUGCAGUGUCGUAGACCUUCAUGAUGGAGGUGAAGAAACUAUUCAUUUCAUUGAAAUCCGCAUGUCUCUGGAUUUCCUUAGCCCUGCGAUUUAUUCACACAGUAGGCAUGUCCCACUCUUCGGAUUAACUGCGCCUCUCGAACUGCACCAACCAUCGCCCCCCCGCCCGCCUCUUCCUCCUCCUCUCCGCCGCCAACUAACUCUGACAAUUCUUCUGACCCACCACUUCCCUCCCCCUCCUCCUCCUCCUCCUCCUCCUCCAACUCCUCCUCCUCGCCCACUGCUCCAACGACGGCCGCUCAGGCGACUGUCCCGCGCGCAACGACCGACACUACUACCACCUCCCCCGACUCCAGCGAUGAGGAUCAGGACUACACCUGCCCUCACUGCGACCGCACCUUCACCUCACACACCGGCCUGGCCGGUCACUUGCGAAUCCAUCGCACAGAGACUGACGAACCAGUACCUGAAGCACCAACCUACACCCACCGCACUCGCCUCCACUGCCCACACUGCCCUCGCACCUUCAGGCAUCGCAUGGGCCUUUUCGGCCACAUGCGCAUCCACGAGAGCGGCCUUGACCGCACUCCCGACACACCCACCACAUCCAACACAUCCACCAUGCACACCCCACCCUCGCUCCAUCCGUCUGCGCCACCACCACCGCCUACUCUGUAGGUGACACUGACACCACCGACUUCUCAUGCCCACAUUGUCCACGCACAUUCACCUCACGCAUCGGCCUGGUCGGUCACUUGCGAAUACAUCGCACAGAGACUGGCAAACCAGUGCCUGGAGCACCCACCUAUACCCACCAAGCUCGUCUCAACUGCCCACACUGCCCUCGCACUUUCAGGCAUCGCAUGGGCCUAUUCGGCCACAUGCGCAUCCACGACGACCUGCGGUAGACAACCGCCGGUCACACCACACAUUCACUCACUCCCUACGUUCUCCACCACCACCACCACCACCACCACCACCACCACCACCACCACCACCAUCACCCCACCAGAAAUCAACACUCUCACACCUCAUGCACCCAACUGCCACCUCCCACGCAAGUGGGAAGUGUGCAUCUCGACUCGGUCCCCAUGCGGCUUCGGCUGCACGGGUGACUUAAGUCCGAGACUAUCCCGACACGUCAAGCGUCGUGGAUAGGAAGGUUGCUGAUUGACGCCCGCUCUCGGUUCACGCAGUUCGUCGCGUUGUGUGUGUGUGUGUGUUGUGUGGAGUGGCGGACUGGUGGGCUGGGGACGGGCUGAAGCUGCACCUUCCACGGCCCUCUCACGCAAGUGAGAAACACGCCGUUCAAGCCCCGUUGUGUGAAAUCCUGGUGUUGUGUGUAUGGGGGGCCAGGUCGUGCCGUGGCGCGCGCAGUCAUGGUCAAUCGACCAUGACAGCCACAGCGCCCAUUCCCCACUCCAGUCUGCUGACUGGCUCGGACAGCGGCUGGGGUGUGGGAGUUGGAAGGGAGAGUGAGGUCGACGACUCAGCGCACUUUCUCUUCACUAUAAACAAUCUGACGCGCUUGAAGCUAUCACGGUGCGCUAAAAGCCGUGGCUUGGAAGGUUGCCAACUGACGAGGUAACUUGGACCUCCUCCUUGACUGGAGGCGGUCUGAGAGUCAGGCUGCAAUGGCUCCUUUUUAAUGUGGCCUUUAUGGCAUUCCCAUCGCAGUGUGGGCUCCGAGCCAGGCGUUGGCGGCACGCCCAGGUGCGGCUUCGGCCGUGCCAGCCUCCAAAUCUCUGUUGUUGGUUGAAAUCCUGGUUAUUUGUUGUGUGGACCAGGGGUUGUGGUGGAACGCCAAGGUGAGGAUCCGUCCGAGCCAUCCACCUGCGGCCUCUCUCGUCUCCGGUCUUCUUGACUCUGUCUCGACACCGGGCCCAGGCGGGGGAGGAGGAGGAGAGAGUGUAGGUAGGUGCUACGCAAGUCUACUGGCACUAUAAACCCCUGCGUAAGUCACCGUCCCUGCUCCCAUUGCUGCUGCAACUGUGGGGCACAAGGUGGACAUCCUCGAAACCGAUGGUUGAACUGUCAUGCAUGUCCCACAGCCGUUUCUAAACAAGGUGGCGACAUCAAAAGUAAGUGGCUUUGUUUACGUCCACCAGGUGGGUGAUUUAAGCUUUACAUAGCGCGGUGUGUGGACAAAUACGAUAGGGGCUAUCCGCAUCUGGUUUAGCUCUCCGGUCGAGACAGUUAUCGGGCUGCGGCCACUGGGCAGAGUCUAGGUUUGUGGAGCUACAGAUGAGUCGGGUGCCAGUUAAGGGCCGUGUGGAGUAGCCACCACGUGCACUAGGCAAAUGAUCCGUCCUACCACGCUUACACUGUUUGCCUCCCAAUGAAACAACCAUAAGCACCCCUCACGCAUACGGAAAUUCGGCCAUCGCUUCUGACGAUGCUUGUCGUGUUCCUCACUGCAGAAGGACGCAUGGACAGGGACUUGCGCAUGCAUUAGUUUUUGAUGAUAGAAGACUUGCGUUGCAUUUAACGCGCUCUACCAUUCCCUACCCUCCUGAGCCAGGCAUCACGAGAGAUUAAAGAAGACUGGGUGUGGGACCGGAUUCAGUGUGUGUCCGCGCUUAGGCGUGUUCACAUGUAUGGUGUUCUUUAUGCGUGCUGUACCCUAAUCUGGUUCCCAUGUCGGUCUAGCGCAACUCCCUCGUUACUAUCUGACAGAGACACAGUGGACACUCACAAAAACACACUUAUACCAUCGAUUUCCGUGGAGGCGCAUGCGACCGAGUAGGCCAAUGCGAUGAUUGAGUCUGUUUGAACAGUGCGGAUAGCUGAGACUAGGCUCAUCCUGGUGUAUUUUAUUAAUCAGUUUAGAGUGGCAAGUAAAAAAGUAAGAAUAGAAUACUGAGGCUGUUUCGUCGUGAUCGCUCCACCCUACCCGGAACCACAUUCGUCUGACCACAAAGGUCCAACCCGAAUUCUUUUGUUCCUGACCGUCUUAAGUCAGAAAAACCGAUGGGACAAGGAGCAGGUGGCUCAAUGGUAGAAUGUUGGACUUAAGACGUUCAACGCUCAAAUAAUCCAGGUUCGAAUCCCAUGUCCUAUAAUCCUGGAUUUAGGUAAGGCUGAUUGACGACAGUGAGAAAGUCGGAGAUGGUCAUCCCAGUCCCCCUUAUCUUUGACGCUUGUUAAUUUCUACAUAUAUCGCCAACCGCCACUUAAUUGCCUGCGAAGGCUCUUCAUUGUGCCAGUCGGUGCAUCCAGAGUCGAUAUACUAGAAAGGAACGGCUACAGUUGGUUGUCGGUCGUAAGUUUUCAGAUUGGUGACACCAACGUUCCGUCAGAAAAAAAUGAAUAUGCGAAAAGUAGGUUUAUCACACUAGAGCAUCUGAGGCCAGUGUGGCUACAUGAACGGUGUACCAGUGUGUGCGAAGGGCGGGCAUAGCGUUACGAUAGGUCUAGGGUCGGGGGUACGGUUGUAGUCUGCUGUAUUGAGGGAGAGGGAAGAUAGUGGAUCAGUGAGAGUGUAGACAUACGGAUGUGGAUUACUGGUCCCUGAUUUGGCAUGGGUUCGGCGGGGCGUUAACCUUGCGCGUAGACCGCCGUAGCAAACGUCCAGGUUGAAAUUGUGGUCGAUACUUUUUCUUUUGGUGUACCGAUUCUCGAGAACCUCUUGCACCCGUUUUAUAUUGGCCACGGGGACCGCAUCAAUGUCAUCCCGAUUGAAUUAGUGACCACUUUCUAGUGUGUGCGCAAAGACUGGUGGGUCAUGCUGACGACCAGGUAUAUUGUUUUCGUUAAUACGAGUGCCCAGGUAUCUACCCGUAUAGCCAACACACUCAGGAACAAUUAUCGCAUGGGAUGCAGUAACAAAGUCUGUCUGGCGCACUUUAGAGGGGAACAUUUGUUCAAGAUAAUACUGCGCGCAGUGAGUAUUCUAGUUUGGAGGCGAAGCCGAUACCAAAACAAAUUAGCUGCCUGGCGUUAUCUCAAGAGGUCCCUUGAAUACAAGGCAGGAAGACGAUUUUUUGUACGACUACUUCAUUGUGCAUGGGGCUUUGUGACUGUGUCUGACAGCCUAAGCAAUUCCUCUCAAUGCAGCGUGUGAAAAUGCUCAGUCUGUCUCAGGGACUACUAUCAUAUCGAUAGUAUGUAACACCACCAGGUCAGGGGAGCACAAUGAGCUCGCCAUUAUCAUGUCUACUUGUUGAACGUUCUUACAAUGAUUAGGAACCAUACUCAAAGUGUGGCUGCACUUCAUGGGCGGCACCUUUAGAACUAUAAGGAACUACGAAGUUCAAUGACUACAUUAGAGGUGGAACGGUUUAUUCGCAGCUAUGGAAAGCCCUCGUGAAGUUGCAGCAGAAGACAGUCUGUCGUUUUUGGUUGUGGACAUACAGGGGCUCAGGAUAGCAGCAUUGCAAAAACCUCUUGUAGAAAAGGAUCUAAUGCUAAGUUCAUUCUAAAUCUUCGGAAGUAGCCGUCCUCCAGUUCAUGACAGAAACUGUACCCAAACUCUCCUCUACCGGAACUUUCGUUAUUACAGCAGAGACUAUACGCUUAGAAAAGAACUGGAUAACCUGCAUUGGUUGAUUUGGUCUAACGAACGUAUAAGCAGGGCCUCUGGGGAGAGCAAAAUCUAAAUACUGAAAACACCGACUAGGGUUUCCGCGUAUGACAGACGAAAAGAGGGAAGGCCUGCGUAGCUUGCGACCACUUGUUUAUUAAAUAAAUUGAAGAUACGUGCAUGCUCUGGGAGAAAGAAGGCGCGGUGGCUCCUGCUGUGCCAGAUAUUUACCACUUCUCACACUGAGAAAAUCCUGGUUUCGUGCCACUGUAAAACCUUACCGUUUUACGGCAGUAAAUAGUCCAAUGCAGACGAUGUUAUGCCAGCGCGCACACACAGUUUACUGUUGGCUGUUAGAUCCCCCAAGAAGGCGAAUGUAAGGCGGCAUGCCGGUGGCGUCCAGCGUGUUCGACCGUGUUAUUCACACGCAUACGGCGAGAUCCACGUAUGAGCUCUGCAAUAUGAAGAUGAGAAAACCCUGAUAUUAUUUCGACUUUAUUUUGGAGCAUAUCAGGGGGAGGGGACUGAAUGGGGAUUUACAAUGAGCGGCUAAACAUACCAGCUUGCUUGAAGAACAACGAAAACCUGCGGUGACGGCGGCGGUGCACUGACCUCAGCACGACAAAUGUAUUGCUGCAAGGCGGGCUUAAAUUCCAUAAAGCCGAAGAAACACAUAUAUCAACAGGGAUUUAGCAACGGCUGCUUGUUGAUAAUCUAACAUUACGGUCUAUGAGUAACGCCGGUGGAUCCUUAUAUGACGCUGAACCAAACGCGUUUCUGCCCGCCUGUAGGGACUAACCGUCCGAGGGUGCUGUGUUCCUUCACUGGCAUCCUCCGCUGGUCUCAGCCGUUGCUGUUUUACCUCGUGGGGAGCAAUUUGCUGACUGAGAACAGGGCCUGCGUCUGUUUGGCGGAGAAGAUGAAAAAUAAAGACUAGAAGUAACGGCUUCCAGAGGUGCAUUGUGUAACUGUAUCAGUUUGCGAUCGCAACCUGCGCCCCAGACCUAGCUUAAGCAUAAAUAGAGGUCUAUAGAUGCACUCAUUCUGAACUUUGACCCAACCAACCGUUAAUGCGUAUUUAGUGACCUAAGGCUGCCACCGUCGACUACACAGGAGUGGUGCUAGAGUUUAUAAGAAAAGCUGCAUCGAAAGUAGGCUCAUUAUAACCCGGAGCCACGGACAUCUCAACUUCCAGAUGAUGUGGUUCAUCCGUCAACACUGGUCACAGACUACUGUGGCCUCCUCCAGGGAAGCACUUUAAAGUUUCCGCCUUUUCGCCAGCAUUAAAAUUGCAAAGUUGGAAGAAACAGAUGCUCAUGGCAUUUGAACAGCCUUAAGCUGCCUGGCCAGAAACGGAGAGACAGGCCACCUACGGUAUUUUCUAGCCCCAGGAUAUUACUGGCCGCAUCGACUUUAGAAACGUGGGACGUCCAACGUUAGCAUAUACGGUAACCCCUUCUCGAUCGCGGAAGUUGCGUCCCAGAACUUUCCGCAGACAGUAAAAAUCCGUGAAGUAGAAACCAUAUUUCACUACGGUUAUUUUUAUACAUGCCUUAAACCCUUAAAAACCCCACAUUUCUGUAAGCAUCGUUACACAGUUAUGUAGCAUGAACCCUUUGCACUCCCUUAGAUUUCAGGUAAGUUUUUUUGAAGUAAGGAUACUUAACUGUGUGCUGUGUUUGAGUAGCUCCUCAGUAAUCCUGGUAUGAAAACAGUUGUACAAAUCCACUGAGUAAACGGCUGUCAGGAGAAAAAAGGCCCAUUUGCUGCGGAAAUCCACAAACCAGCCAAAAAUCCACAAUAGAGUGAAACCGCGAAGGCCAAAGUGCGAUAUACUGAGGGGUUACUGUAAUUACCACCAACAAUUUAGAUUUCAGUACGUGGGAAGAGUCGGGGCUUAAAAUCAAGUCCAGUUAGUCUUUAAGCCAGCAGCUCGACCAUUUGAACUGUCAUGUGUAUGGCAAGUACAAAGCCCGAAGGCCGAUGUGAAACAGGGAACCUUGAGUUGUCCUCCAGUGAUCUACUUCAUUUGAUUGACAAGCAGUGUUGCUGACCUUCCUUUUAAGAAAUGACAAGGGACUUUGGAAACACAUAAAAACAAACAUAUAGCAAAAGCAAUUUGGCAAGCAUACGUCUGCUUUCGAUAAAUUCACUUCAGACCUGUACAUUUAUAUGACCAUAGAAGUAAUGAAGUAAAAGAUACGGGCAAGUAGAUAACUAAGCUGUAGCUCGGGUUUGGGGAGGGGAGGGGAGCGGGAGAGUGAAACACCACACUUGCAGUCAGCGUCAGGGAGAUGGGUCCCGGCGAAGGAAAUUACAUGCGGGUGGCUGGCUUGGUGACUUUGAAACAUGGCAACUGUGGAACAUCAACAGCUCCAUCCUCGCGCACAUGUUAGCUAAAGACCACCAUGUAGGCGCCAGAGGCCUUCAGAGCGAGUCCCAUAAAACUAGCCAAAACUACUUGGGCAGCGCCUGUUGGCUACGGUAGAGGCGGCUGCAAUCAGGCUACGCGGACCGGUCCUUUGCGCACAGAAGUACUUCGUACAGGUCCCACAAUUGCCGUGGGUUAAAGCCACCAAGCCAGCACCUCCCAUGUAAGUACCUUCGCCGGGACCCACCUCCCUGGCGUUGACUGGAAUUGUAGUGUUUCACUCUUCCCCUGUCCUGCCCUCCCCUCCCCAAACCCGAGCUACAGCUUAAUUAUCUACUUGCCCGUAUCUUUUAAGUAAUUACUUCAAUAGCCAUAUAAAUGUACAGGCCUGAAGAGAAUUUAUCGAAAGCAGACGUAUGUUCGCCAACUUGGUUUUGCAACAUAUAACAGAAGGAUCUUCUUUGUUUUUUUUCGACAACCUUAACGUUUACUGGCUGUUAAUUAUUAUUUUAUUACUUUCUAGGCUCUAGAAAGUACCUUAAAAGAGCAGCGGGGUCGUCGGUGUCUAGUCCCUAACAUAGGAUAAGUAGGUGAAAGUCACUUGUAAGUGGACUGUCAUCCCCUAUCGCAGGCAUUGGGGUGCCAAAAUCACAAAUAUAUGAUCGAAAGCCUGACCUGACGUUCAGUAACAACAAAGUCCGUGUUCUAGCACGGCCCCACAUUGAGGUGAGGCCGGCAGAACCUGCAAAAUAUGCCCCGACUAACCAUCCCAGUCUUCCUUGUUUCCAUUCUGUCCUUUCCAAUAAUUGUACUGUCGGCUUCAAGAGCUCCAGACCGGAAGUCGAAUUCGAGACUGAAGGAUCUCUGGUGCGUCCGAAAAUCAGUAUGGGCUAUUCAGAGUCAAUACCAUAUGAUAUGCCGAAGAGUUUGGAGGAACAUAACCAGCAGCUUUGCAAUGACUACAUAAAUAUUUUUCAAUUUUUAAACUGCGAAUUUCCAUACCCUAUCGUUGCAUAGGGUACCUAAAAGGUCUCGCUUUAACUGAGAGGGGUAAGAGACUCAUUCGCGAAUUGUGAUAUGUUCAUAUUUCAACUUAUUUUCCGCUGAGUUUGUUUGAGCUAAUUGUCUUUUUAAAGUCGCCGACCUCUUCUAAGAAAGAGCUUCUAACCUUCCGCAAAAUCACAAAAAUGUGUUUACUACUUAUAUCCAAUGAAACUUAGAAGACCCUUGUUGCGAUUCUCAACUAAAUAACCAAAAAACAAAUUUUGGUUUGUCGGGAUCAGGGUGCUGAAACAUAAAGAUUACAAUCCCGGGAUACUUGUUAAAACGAUCCAUUCAACCUCCCUACUGAUGUUGCCGAAGUCGCUACCACUAUUACUACUACUACUACUACUACUACUACUACUACUACUACUACUACUACUACUACUACUACUACUACUACUACUACUACUACUACUACUACUACUACUACUACUACUACUACUACUACUACUACUACUACUACUACUACUACUACUACUACUACCACUACUACUACUACUACUACUACUACUACUACUACUACUUCUACUACUACUACUACCGUCACUACUGCUAUCACUGCCACUACUUCUAUUGCCACUAUGCUGGUGCCUUUGCUAACGAUGGUGCGUGCUUUAAGCCAGGCGUCGACCGUUGUAACUGUUCAGCUCAAACGAAUUUUCGCGCCGAUAUUCACAUCAACGAGGUCUUGGCCUAA